CCCGUUUUUAUAAACAACCGUGGACAUCUUGUUAAAAUGAAACGGCUAGCAUUAGGGACCAAAUUUACUGUCGGGCCCAGACUAUAGUGCCCGGAUGUGCCGUGUGCUUAAGGGAUUGUACCUUGGUUUUUCUCCUAACCACCUGCCUCUCAGCCGUUGCCGGUGGCAGUCGCACUCCUGCAGGCCGACAUCCACCGUUUCUCACAACCCCUAUCGCUAUCCUGACCAUGUCCACUUCACCUUCAACCGCCGGAGCCUCUGCUCCUUCUUCGUCAUCAAAUUGCGCAAAAACCACCACCAAAGACGCCGAUGCACUUCGACAAAAUCGAAUUUUAUCCAGCAAGCUCUAUUUUGAUGUACCUCUCUAUAAGGCGCCAGUAAUCUAUUCGACUUCUUACGAUAUUGCUUUUCUUGGAAUUGAAAAACUGCAUCCAUUUGAUUCUUCUAAAUGGGGUCGCAUCUGCCAGUUCCUCAUUGCAAAUGGCGUUUUGGACAAAACUCGUAUAGUUGAGCCUCUAGAAGCGACCAAGGAUGAUCUUCUAGUGGUGCAUUCAGAAGCAUAUUUGCGUAGUCUCAAAAGCAGUCUAAAUGUAUCCAUAAUCACAGAGGUCCCUCCUGUUGCAGUAUUCCCUAAUUGCCUUGUUCAGAAGAAGGUCCUUUACCCAUUUCGUAAACAGGUGGGAGGAACUAUUCUAGCAGCUAAACUUGCUAAAGAACGAGGUUGUGCUAUCAAUGUUGGCGGUGGCUUCCACCAUUGUAGUGCAGAUCGGGGAGGAGGAUUUUGUGCUUAUGCUGACAUAUCGCUUUGCAUUCACUAUGCUUUUAUCCGUCUAAACAUUUCUAGGGUGAUGAUAAUUGAUCUCGAUGCCCAUCAAGGAAACGGUCAUGAAAAGGAUUUUUCAGAUGAUAGAAGAGUCUAUAUUCUCGAUAUGUAUAAUCCAUAUAUCUAUCCACUUGAUUAUGAGGCCAGGAGAUAUAUUGAUCAGAGAGUUGAAGUUCCAAGUGGAACCACUACGGAGGAGUACUUGGUGAAGCUGGAUGAAGCCCUUCAGGUUGCAGAGCAUGCAUUUGAUCCUGAACUGGUGAUCUACAAUGCUGGAACUGAUAUUUUAGAUGGAGAUCCGUUAGGAAGAUUGAGGAUAAGUCCUGAUGGGGUAACCAUUAGAGAUGAGAAGGUAUUCAGGUUUGUUCGUGAUAAAAAUAUCCCACUCGUAAUGCUGACAUCAGGUGGUUAUAUGAAAUCAAGUGCGAGAGUGAUUGCUGACUCGAUUAUAAACCUAUCAACGAAAUCCUUGAUUUCCAUGGGUGGCACUCCACCUAAGAAUUAGGAUUUCUUAUCCUAUGUGUAUCUACGACAAAUUUUCUUUUUUAAAGUAUGUAUAAUACGACAAAUACUAACACAUCCUCCUCCUGAUGUAUGGUGAGGUUUGAACCCUUAGGGGCUAAGAUCUAUGAGUAACCCGGUUAAAGUGAUACACAUACAUAUUCGGGUUUUUGUUUUGGUUGGAUUCAAGUUUUAAACUUCCAAUUCA